AUUCGACUCUCUGUUUCUCAAUUUUGCUCGCUCUAGUUUUCUCGUAGAGAGUCUCUCUCUAUCUAAUUUCAUUUUCCGGGAAAAAGUUUCUCGGGAAAAUUAUAAGAAAAAAAGCCUCAAGAAAGAUUUAUCUUCGUUGAAUCGCUGCGAUGAGUAAUCGUUUCCUAUGCUGUCUCGGAGGCGGAAGCUCAAGUAAAGUAGUGCAAGAUCCAUCGGAACUACCGCAACAGCAACCACAACAAUCACCGGAUCCAUCGGAUUCAUCCGAUACAUCGGACCAACCAAAUUCACAACCGCAUUCAUCAGGGGAAAGUGGUGACGACGAAGGUCCGAGUACAGGAAUUAAAUUUCGAUGGCGUGAAAUCGAAGACGGAACCGAAAACUUCGGGAUAACACACUUGAUCGGCCAAGGCAACUACGGCAAAGUCUAUCGCUGCAAUUUCCCAAGAAUUCAUAAGGUUGGAGCUGCAAAGAUUCAUAAUAAUAAUAUCACAGCUGCUCUUAGUGAGUUCGUAGCAGAGACUACAACGUUAUAUGCAGCUGAUCACCCAAAUGUGAUUAAACUUCUUGGCAAAUAUUUUGGAAUACAAAAAAGUGUCCUAGUCUACGAAUUCAUGCCUAAUGGCUCUCUUGACCACCAUCUCUUUGCUCACGCGAGGCAGGUUCAGGGUCUAACGAAGCCAACUCGGGUUUUGGAUUGGGACACAAGGAUGAGAAUUGCUAGGGAGUUCAAUUCGAGUGGAACUCAAGGAUACAUAGCACCGGAAGCAGAGGAGUUCGGGUUGAUUUCGACAAAGUCCGAUAUCUAUAGCUAUGGAGUUUUUCUGUUAGUGCUUUUAACUGGAAGGAAAGCUUAUGAUAUUAAGAGACCUGUUGCGAAAGAGAAACUCACUGAUUGGUUAAUGCCAGUAUGGACUAGAUUGGAGUAUGCGCCUAUGGUAGUUGAUGUUGCCCUCGGUAAUAAGUAUUCGGUUGAAGGUUUAAACCGCCUAUUUCAAACUGCGAGGAUGUGUAUAAACGCACAGGCACUUGAACGGCCUGCGAUGGAUUUUGUGGAAACGAUGGUUCGUGAAGCUGCAGCUUUCCCAGUCCCAGAAGAGACCCCGGAGUCAUUUGUUGGUAUUGAAUCUAUUUGUAAUCACGUUGAUAUAAUGGAGGAAGCAUCAACAUCGACAUCAGCUGCAAUGGCUGCAAAACCAACCGUUGUUAGAAAGACAAUGGCCAAGCAAUUCACCGGAAAACGUGAAGAUUCGCCGCUCCAUUCGGCUGUUAGACGCGGAGAUUUCUCUGCGGUGAAAGAUAUUUUGAGUAAUCAUAUGGAAUCAGAAGAGGAACUAAGAGAGUUGUUGCGGAAACAGAACCAAUGCGGUGAGACCGCUCUUUAUGUGGCGGCAGAAUAUGGUGAUGCCGAGGUGGUUGCAGAGCUCAUCAAGUACUAUGAUCUUGAAGACGCUGAGACCAAAGCUAGAAAUGGGUUCGACCCUUUCCACAUUGCUGCUAAACAAGGAGAAUUGGACGUUUUGAGAGUACUAAUGGAGGAACAUCCGGAGCUAUCAAUGACGGUGGACUUAUCAAACACGACGGCUCUACACACGGCGGCAGCUCAGGGACACGUAGAGGUCGUAGAGUAUCUACUUGAAGCCGCAGGGAGUAGCCUAGCCGCGAUCGCAAAGAGCAACGGAAAAACAGCAUUGCACUCGGCUGCUAGGAACGGUCACGCGGAAGUGGUAAAAGCGAUUGUGGCGGUUGAGCCGGACACAGCAACGAGAACGGAUAAAAAAGGUCAGACGCCACUUCACAUGGCGGUGAAAGGACAAAGCAUUGAUGUGGUGGUUGAGCUAAUGAAGGGACAUCGGUCGUCAUUGAAUAUGGUUGAUUCUAAAGGGAACACUGCGUUACAUGUUGCUACUAGGAAAGGUCGCAUUAAGAUAGUGGAAUUGCUUCUAAAUAACAAUGAGACAAGCACAAGUACAAAAGCGAUAAACAGAGCCGGAGAAACGCCGCUUGACACGGCUGAGAAAAUCGGCCAUCCCGAGAUCGCCUCCGUUCUCAAAGCCCGCGGCGUUCCCUCGGCUAAAGCCAUCAAUAACACUACUCGGCCCAACGCGGCUCGGGAGCUCAAACAAACGGUGAGCGACAUUAAACAUGAAGUUCAUCACCAGCUAGAACACGCUCGAGAGACGAGGAAACGCGUUCAAGGAAUCGCCAAACGUAUUAACAAGAUGCACGUAGAAGGUCUUGACAAUGCGAUUAACUCAACCACAGUCGUGGCGGUUUUAAUCGCAACUGUCGCUUUUGCCGCCAUUUUCACCGUUCCGGGACAAUACGCCGAUGAAUUGAGUUCGCUCUUACCGGGACAAUCUCUCGGAGAAGCAAACAUCGCGGAUAGACCCGCGUUUGCGAUCUUCUUCAUAUUCGAUUCAAUCGCUCUUUUUAUAUCUUUAGCGGUUGUGGUGGUUCAGACUUCAGUGGUUGCGAUUGAGCACAAGGCGAAGAAGAAUAUGAUGGCUGUGAUAAACAAGCUGAUGUGGUUAGCUUGCGUUUUGAUAUCGGUGGCUUUUUUGGCGUUAGCGUUUGUGGUGGUUGGUGAAGAAGAGCGGUGGCUAGCGGUUGGAAUAACGGUGUUUGGUGCGACGAUAAUGCUCACGACACUUGGGACAAUGUGUUAUUGGGUCAUUAUGCAUCGAAUUGAGGCUUCGAAUGUGAGAAAGUCGAGAAAAGAGUCGAUGGCAAGAUCGAGACAAUCAGGAUUGUUGGAAUUUUCUGGGAUUUUAACUAAGAGAAUGUAUGCUAUUUAGUGAUUUAGAGACAAAGUGUAUGUGAUAAGUUUUGUUCUUGAAAGAUCUUUUAAAGAUGUAGAAAGUGUGGAAGAAGGAAACGAAGUUAAAUCGUGAAAUUUUGUUUUUUCUUCCGUUAAUGGUUUAUGAGGCUAUUAUUGUUAGUUUGAAACUUAAAAAUUAAAAUGUUCUCUCUUCAAAAGUGUAUUUAAUACAGCGUUUUGAAAUAG